AUAUGUUCCUUGAGAUGAAUGAUGAUAGAUGAUGAGGUCACUGUAGAUCGUAUCGUUCCGGAACAGUCACCAGUCUGCAUGUCGCCAGUUCGCUCUAGGACUUCACGAUGGAAGUUACUGACGAUGAUAUUCGGAAUUUGACUACAAAAGCGUCUUUACCGCUAGUAUUUCGGCGAUUUAUAAAAGACUGGCCGAUUUGCGAAUGGGAUGAGAACAAGUGGAGUUCAGUUUUUGGUGGUAGAGAAAUACCUUUUCGCUGUUUGAGAAAAAAUUUUGUUUCCGACGAACCAUGUUGGGAGAGACGAUGCCAGGUGAAGAAAAUGACGUUCCCGACCUUUUUAGGCAUGCUGAACACAAGCCAAGAGUGGAUGUAUUUUGAUUACAAAUAUUUACACCAGUGGUUUGGUAAUGAAAGUGAAUUGUGCAAGGCAAUAUCAUGGAAGAAGUUUGGGUAUCCCGACAAAGGGCCCCAAGAGACCACCCUGUGGGUAGGGAGCAAGGGCUGUCACACUCCAGCACAUCAGGACACUUAUGGUUACAACAUAAUAGCACAAGUCCAUGGAAGGAAGAGGUGGAUUCUCUUUCCACCUGAAGCUGGCGGUUUGAAGCCCACUAGAGUGCCUUACGAGGAGUCCAGUGUUUAUAGUGAAUUAAAUUUCUAUUGUCCAAGUGACUUGGAUGUGUUUAAAGGUCUUUCGGGUGGACGUAUGGUGGAGUUGAACGCAGGCGAUGCGCUGCUGGUGCCGCGCGGCUGGUGGCACUAUGUGCAGAACGUCUACCCGCUCAACAUCGCGCUCAACGUGUGGUUGCCACAUGAGAAGGACAACUCCACCCAAGUGUCGGAAGCUUUAAUCAAAAUACUGAUAGCUCAGUUGUGUAAGGACCUCCCUCAGGAGACAGCGAGACUCUUGGUUAAUCCUAAUGAGGACGACAUAGCAGAUACACCAUUAGCAGUGCUAUUCCUACAACUGGAAACAGUGGUCAAGACGUAUUUGGACAAAAAACGUAAAAGUCGACGAGUGAAACGACAGAAAACACUAGAAGACAACACAGAGCCGGAUGUAGAGGAGUUUGAUCUCAAAUCAAUACUCGACAAUGAUAAUAAUAAAAUAAAUGUAGUACCCACAAUAAGUAGUAAUGAUUUAAUAGAAUUAAUAAAAGGUAAUAUCAAAGAGUUUGUUAAUAGCAAAUCGCAGGACGAAGACGAAGUAGAUGGCGGGACGAGCAGCCUCUGUCUAACAAAGGCGGUUAUAGAUUCGUUCAGUCAGAGCAAUGUUAUUGAUCUUGUAAAGCAAAACCUUUUUGCUAAGCUCGGAUAGUUUGUGCAAUAUUGAUUUUUAGUCUGUCUCAGACCAAUUAUAGAAGGACCAGCAUUGUACCCAAAUUUAGGAACAAAUUUUUUUGUCAUUUUCUGAGGAAUACGAGCUUCGAUUUGUUAUAUUUAUUCGUUUUAUACUAAGCUGUAAGUUUUUGCCAGUUUUUUGCACCAUUCAACUACACAAAAGGGUGUUUUUACGGAGCUCUUUAACCGACAAACACGACAACUAUGAAACUUUGAUCCUAUACAGUUUUUAUACAUUAGAUCAUUGAUCAUAUACUUUGACAGAAAAGUAACGUCUAGCGAGGCAGGUCCUAUACAAUAAUUGGUCUGAGGUCAUAGUUUAUUGUAAUGCUCAAAGAGUAUUUUGUUUUAUUGCGUACUGUGAUAAAGUGCUUAAGAUUAAAAAUAAUAAAUUAUGUGUGAAUUC